CGUCUAAAGCAGCCGAUGGUAAGAUCCCGCGAGAGUUCCCUUACGCUCCGCGCAGGCGCUGACCUUUCGCGAGAUUCCCGCCGAGGAGGAGGAGGCGGCUGCGACGGGGCCCAGGGCCGGCUGGACAAGAUGGCGACGACGACGACGAUCACCCUGGGCACUGAGUCCAUAAAGUUGGAAAAUGGACAAAGCACAGCAGCUAAGCUGGGGCUUCCUCCUCUCACCCCGGAACAGCAGGAAGCUCUUCAGAAGGCAAAGAAGUAUGCGAUGGAGCAGAGUAUCAAGAGUGUGCUGGUGAAGCAAACCAUCGCCCACCAGCAACAGCAACUCACUAACCUGCAGAUGGCAGCAGUGACAAUGGGCUUUGGAGAUCCUCUCUCACCUUUACAAUCGAUGGCAGCUCAGAGGCAGCGGGCGCUGGCCAUCAUGUGUCGUGUGUACGUGGGCUCCAUAUACUACGAACUGGGAGAGGACACCAUCCGCCAGGCCUUUGCCCCAUUUGGACCUAUCAAAAGCAUUGACAUGUCCUGGGACUCUGUUACAAUGAAACACAAGGGCUUUGCUUUUGUGGAAUACGAGGUGCCUGAAGCUGCUCAGUUGGCCUUGGAGCAGAUGAACUCAGUCAUGCUGGGUGGGAGAAACAUAAAGGUUGGUAGGCCUAGUAAUAUUGGACAGGCACAGCCAAUCAUAGACCAGCUAGCAGAGGAGGCACGGGCUUUCAAUCGCAUCUACGUGGCAUCUGUUCACCAGGACCUCUCAGAUGACGACAUUAAGAGUGUGUUUGAGGCCUUUGGGAAGAUUAAGUCCUGCACGCUCGCCAGGGACCCUACAACAGGGAAACACAAAGGCUAUGGCUUCAUUGAGUAUGAGAAGGCACAGUCAUCACAAGAUGCUGUCUCAUCUAUGAACCUCUUUGACCUGGGUGGCCAAUAUCUCCGGGUUGGCAAAGCUGUCACUCCCCCAAUGCCUCUCCUAACACCUGCAACGCCUGGAGGAUUACCCCCUGCAGCAGCUGUAGCUGCAGCAGCUGCCACAGCAAAGAUAACAGCUCAGGAAGCAGUGGCAGGAGCUGCAGUCCUUGGCACUUUAGCAACACCUGGGCUGGUGUCACCAGCGCUGACACUGGCUCAGCCUCUGGGGGCAUUGCCGCAGGCUGUAAUGGCAGCACAGGCACCAGGAGUCAUUACGGGUGUGACCCCCGCUCGACCGCCCAUUCCAGUCACUAUUCCACAGGUGGGAGUUGUGAACCCUAUCCUAGCAAGUCCCCCAACACUAGCUCUGUUGGAAGUUAAGAAGGAGAAGGAGGAGGAGGAGAUCUUCCAGGAAUCGGAGAGGCCUGAAAUGCUGAGUGAACAGGAGCAUAUGAGCAUAUCCGGCAGCAGUGCCCGUCACAUGGUGAUGCAGAAACUGCUUCGCAAACAGGAGUCGACUGUGAUGGUGCUGCGCAACAUGGUGGAUCCAAAGGACAUUGAUGACGAUCUGGAGGGAGAAGUGACAGAAGAGUGCGGCAAGUUUGGGGCAGUGAACAGGGUCAUCAUCUACCAAGAGAAGCAGGGCGAGGAGGAGGACGCUGAGAUCAUUGUCAAGAUCUUUGUAGAGUUCUCUAUGGCCUCGGAGACUCACAAAGCCAUUCAGGCCCUGAACGGGCGCUGGUUUGCUGGCAGGAAGGUGGUGGCAGAGGUGUAUGACCAGGAGAGAUUUGAUAACAGUGACCUGUCAGCAUGAACUCUGCCUGAGAGAGACUUCUCCCCUGCCCCCUGUGUCCCAUCUGUUUUUUUAGCCAUGUGUAAGGAAUGCUCCUGGGUGAGCACAGCUCUCUACUGUGAUGUACAUGUAGUUUGGAUAAAAGUGCGAAGAAAAGCCAGCGUGCGUGAGUGUGUGUUAAAAGGGCCAGCACCACCUUGGUUGGGUCUGGAAUGGGCCCAGUCUCCUCAGCCAACAGCUUGUCAGGCCUUAGAGAGUAAGGGCCAGAGGUCAGAAAUGCCUGAGUCAGAAUUCCAUGUCACCCUCUGGGGCCAGGAGCUACAGUUUUCUUUAGAGGUGGGCAACUACUUGUUUGAAUGGAGCAGGCACCAUCUUUUUAUUAAGUGUUUGCACCGUACGUUGGUCCCUGGUUGGAGCCCUCAGGCACUAUUGCAACGCUACCAGGAAUGGGCAGUGGCUUGGGUAACGCUAGGAGCUCCUUCUAGAGCAGGCUAAGCAGCUGCAGGUUGAGCUCAGGCUCCAAGCCCUUGAUGUGGGGUAAGUGCCACCACAUCGGCUGCUUGCAGUCUGCAGAUGCUCAGGUCAUCGCCUCCGUCUCCAGAGCAUGCGCUCAGGCGCAGUGAGAUCCACGGCUGCAGCUGUCCACGUGAACAAUGGCGGGGCGACCGUCUCACCUGGGAACUUGCUUGCAUUUUACGCAGGUCUUGUGAGUUCAGGUUAAUGAAAAUACCAAGCUUGUGAAGCCAGGCCAGAGCCCAGAAACAAGUCAGUUGGGAUUUGAAUGUACAGUCCUGUUACUUGUGAUCCGGUGGGGUUCAGGGCAGGCUGAUCUGUAGGCUGCGCUAAUACUAUGGCGAUGGAGCUCAUACAGCUGCAUGGUGACAAAGGUGCCUACGCAUGCUGCUCCCAAAGGUAAGAGGGGUAUGAGAAGCAGGACAUGUUGGAAGCUUCAGAGCUGGCUUGAGAGGAGUGACUACGGCCUGGGUUCUCACAGGUGCAGUGUUGGUACAACUGCCUUGUGCACGCAGCCUCCAAUGUACAUGUUGUAAAUUGGACCUUAGAAAUCUGUCCCUGUGGUGCUCUCUCUUUCAGUUUCUUUCUGUCCAUAGGCACUAUAUUGAGGCACCCAUUCCUUACGUGAAAGGACAGCCACUGAGCGUGUCCUGUACAGAGGGCAGAAUCUGAAAGCCACUGCAUAUGUGUCCUCUAGAGUUGGCCUCUGUCUAACUAGUGUGUGAGGCAGGGAGUUAAUCGCUCUUCCCUCUAAGGAUUGAAGGUUCAUAGAUUCUAAGGUCAGAUAUAACCAGGCUGCCCUGUGUAUAAUGCAGCCACAGCUCCUGAGGUAAGCUAGACAGAUAUUUGAGGAAGAUAGAGAUUUUCACAUCCUAAGUGAGUUGUUUCAGUGCUUAAUUAUCCUGACUGCUAAAAAUUGGCAUCUUAUUUCCAGUUUCAAUUUGUUUAGCUUCUACGUCCGACCAUUAGAUUUGUUCUUCCUCCAGCUGCUGGAUUCAGGAACCCAAAAGAGUGUUUCAGAGGGUUUUCUUAUGGUCUCUUGGAACUAUCAGGAGUAAAGCGGGUAUGAAUUAGGAAUGGCUGCCUAAUUAAUACCAAUCAACACAGUUUAUGGAAAACAGGUCUUGUCAGAUCAACUGGAUAAUGUUUUUUUAUAAGAUUACAAGUUUGGUUCACAUAAUAGACAUCUGUACAGCAUUUGACUUAAUUCUGAUUAAAAAAUAACACUACUAAAUCAGUGCAGCACAUGAUGGAUAGUAACACAUUAAAUGGAUCAAAAAGUU